AAUUAUCCCUAAAAUAUUUCCACCACACAAGGUACAGUAUUCCCCUCCUAGUUCUUAUAAAUAGGGAUGCAACUCAAUGCACAUAUCGCUAGAUAUCAACAAAUAUAACACGUCAUUUGCAUUCUGAGUGAGAUUGUGAUCAAAUGGCAUCUUCAAAAAAUUUGCUCUUUCUUUUUGUUGUUCUCUUUGCACUUGCACUCCAAAUCCCCUCUGAUGUUACAGCUGCAGAUCAGGCGAGCGUGAAGACCACUGGUGAGGCUCAUCAGGAUAAGAUAAGUGAAGAUCGUUGCAGAUAUCGUUGCUGCAGCUGGUACCAUGGACAAUGCCAAAGAUGCUGUGCAUCUCCUGAGGAGACCCCUGAAGCUACAUCUGGAGAUAAGGCUGCCGUAAAUGCAGAUCGUUGCAGAUAUCGUUGCUGCAGCUGGUACCAUGGACAAUGCCAAAGAUGCUGUGCAUCCGCGGAGGAGACCCCUGACGCUAUAUCUGCAGAUCGUUGCAGAUAUCGUUGCUGCAGCUGGUACCAUGGACAAUGCCAAAGAUGCUGUGCAUCCGCUGAGGAGACCCCUGAAGCUAUAUCUGCAGAUCGUUGCAGAUAUCGUUGCUGCAGAUGGUACCAUGGACAAUGCCAAAGAUGCUGCGCAACCGCUGAGGAGACCCCUGAAGCUACAUCUGGAGAUGAGGUCAAAAAUUAAUGCUAAAUAAAUAAGGGUGUGACACAGGAUCCGUGACACCUAUAUUAUUACCUUAAUAUGUAAUGUUGUGUUUGCUUUUGAUGGUUGAUUUCCUCUAUGUGUAAAAGACUUAUGUGGCUUCUCUUUGAACUGGUGUAGAAUAAACAGGGGAAGCAUGUAAUGAGUACUCAGUUCGAGUGCUCUUCUUAUGUUGUUGUCAUGUUGAAUAAAUAAAUCCACUUGAUCAUCAACACAAUUGAUGAUCUCUAUCUCAGUUACAUCGUAAA